AAAGAAAUGACACAGCAAUAUUUUUACAGUAGAUAACAAUAAUUAUGGUUGUUUAUUUUAAUUCUAGACUUUCCAACAUUUAAGUAAAUUAGUAAGUAUAUUUAAUUAUCCAAAUCUAGUCGAGCAAGUAUUACAAUACGAGAAUAAAUUUUAAUAAUAAAUCAAAAGUGAAGUAUAGUGCCUCAUAUAUUACGUAACAUUAUAAAAAAAGUUUGCUAAAGGAUUUCACACAUGGCAAUGAAAUUCAAGUUUGCAAUUGACCGCGGAGGCACCUUCACCGACGUAUUUGCUCUAUGUCCUGGCGGAAAAAUAAAAGUGCUGAAACUACUCUCGGAGGACCCUCAACAUUACAAAGAUGCUCCUACGGAGGGAAUCAGGAGAAUUUUACAAGAGGAAACUGGAAAAGCUGUUGACUCAGAUGGCAAUGUCGAUAACACCAUGAUAGAUUGGAUUAGAAUGGGUACUACAGUUGCUACCAAUGCCCUUCUAGAAAGAAAAGGCGAAAAAAUGGCUUUUGUCACCAAUAAAGGUUUUAAAGAUAUUUUACUUAUUGGCAAUCAAGCUAGACCAAAAAUAUUUGAUUUGGAAAUUCGUCGACCAGAAAUACUCUACAAAGAUGUGGUAGAAGUUGAUUGCCGCGUUAUACCGGUACUCGAAGCAAAAUGCGAAUUAGAUGAAUCUACACGCAAAAAUUGGAGAAUCGUGACUGGAAAAACUGGAGAAAAAUUCUACGUCACUCGGGAAUUAGACUCGGAGGCAGUCAAAAAAAGUCUACUUGAAAUAAAAGAGAAAGGAAUUGAUAGUAUUUCUGUAACUUUAGCACAUAGCUAUACAUAUUUCGAGCACGAAAUUCAAAUUGGAGAGAUCGCUAAAGACAUUGGUUUCAAUCAUGUUUCCUUAUCCCACAACGUCAUAGCAAUGACCAGAAUCGUACCACGUGGGUUUACAUCAUGUGCAGACGCUUACCUCACUCCUCACGUUAAGAGGUACGUUGAAGGCUUUUGCAGAGGCUUCAAGGACAACUUAAAGGGUACAAGGGUGUUGUUUAUGCAAAGCGAUGGCGGUUUAACUCCAAUGGAAAAUUUCAACGGCGCUAGGGCGAUUUUGUCUGGACCUGCUGGAGGGGUUGUUGGUUAUGCCGUGACAACCUGGCGAAGAGAAACCGAAUUGCCAGUAAUUGGAUUUGAUAUGGGCGGCACUUCAACGGACGUGUCUAGGUUUGCUGGCAACUAUGAACACGUUUAUGAAAGUACUACUGCUGGAGUUACAAUACAAGCGCCUCAGUUGGACGUUAAUACUGUAGCUGCUGGAGGUGGAUCUAUGUUAUUCUUUAGAUCAGGAAUGUUCGUGGUUGGUCCUGAAUCGGCAGGAGCUCAUCCAGGUCCUGUGUGUUACAAAAAAGGCGGUCCUUUGACUGUAACUGAUGCCAAUUUAGUUUUGGGACGUUUAUUGCCGGAUUUUUUUCCGAAAAUUUUUGGACCCAACGAAGACUCGCCUUUGGAUAAAGACGAAACUGUUAAAGCUUUUAAAAAAUUAACUCAGACAAUUAAUGAAUUCUUGAAGGAACCAAAAGGAGAUGGAGAUAAGAGUCAAAUGUCAGUCGAAGAAGUAGCUAUGGGCUUUAUUCGCGUAGCUAAUGAAGCAAUGUGUCGACCAAUAAGAGCUCUCACUCAAGGAAAAGGCUACGAUACAGCAAGACAUGCUCUAGCAUGUUUUGGUGGUGCUGGCGGUCAACAUGCUUGCGCUAUCGCGAGGUCUUUGGGAAUGACUACUGUCUUUGUCCAUAAAUAUGCAGGGAUUUUGUCGGCGUACGGAAUGGCUUUGGCGGACGUCGUGCAGGAAGCUCAAGAAUCCUGCUCUAAAAUUUAUAUUCCGGAAAACUUUGAUUAUUUUGAUGGUCGCUUGGAAGCGCUGAAACGAGAAUGCAAGCAUAAAUUGCUUAAUCAGGGAUUUACUGAAGCGGAUAUUGUCUUGGAACCGUAUCUUCAUAUGCGCUACGACGGAACAGACUGUGCUCUAAUGUGCAGUCCUUCACUACCUGAUGAUGGUAGCAAAAGUCCGAAACAAGGCGACUUUUUGAAAUCUUUUGUUGAAAGAUACAAAUCUGAAUUUGGAUUUGUUAUACAGAAUAGGAAUGUGGUGGUUGACGAUGUCAGAGUCCGAGGAGUUGGUAAGAGUGCGGUAGAGAAAGAUGAUGAAAUAAGUGCAUCCAAAGAAGUAUUUAAACCUAUCACAGUCACAAAAGUUUUCUUUGAAACUAAAUAUUAUGAGACGAAUGUUUAUCAAUUGAAUAACCUCCAGGCUGGAAAAAGCUUGGUAGGACCUUGUAUUAUAAUGGACCAACUAAGCACAAUAUUAGUCGAACCUGACUGUACUGCAACAAUAACAAAAUACGGCGACAUAAAAAUAACUAUCGGAACCGGAAAAAUAAAAGAAAUCGGUCCCGCAUUGGACUCUAUCCAGCUAAGCAUUUUCAGUCAUAGAUUUAUGAGUAUAGCUGAACAGAUGGGCAGAAUCCUGCAAAGAACUUCGAUUUCCACGAACAUCAAGGAACGUCUCGAUUUUUCUUGUGCCCUUUUCGGCGCCGACGGUGGCUUAGUGUCAAACGCGCCCCAUAUUCCAGUCCAUUUGGGAGCCAUGCAGGAGGCGGUGCAAUUUCAAAUGAAACAUAGGAAGAAGUUUUUCCCUGGGGAUGUUAUUCUCACUAAUCAUCCUGCGGCCGGCGGCUCGCACUUACCCGACUUUACUGUUAUUACGCCAGUGUUUUAUAAAAAUGUAGAAGAUCCAAUCUUCUUUGUGGCAAGCAGAGGGCAUCACGCCGAUAUCGGUGGAAUAACUCCAGGUUCGAUGCCGCCGCAUUCCACAAGUUUGUCAGAAGAAGGGGCGGCAUUUAAAUCUUUUUUGCUGAUCGAAAAGGACAAAUUCAUGGAGGCCGACAUAAUUCGAGAAAUUAAGGACGCGGGAGGGCGGAACAUACCGGAGAAUAUAUCCGACUUAAGAGCUCAGGUCGCUGCCAACAAAAAAGGGAUCGAUUUGGUUUGUGAACUUAUCGACCAAUGCGGCCUGGUAGUAGUUCAAGCGUACAUGAAUCAUAUACAAACAAACGCAGAAAUAGCUGUGCGAGACAUGCUACGUGAAGUAGCCAAGGACGCAGUAGCUAGAACUGGCAGUGCGCAGCUACAAUACGUAGACUAUAUGGACAACGGGUCUCCGAUAAGCCUCAAGGUGUCUUUGGACGAGAAAUCUGGCUCUGCUUUUUGCGAUUUUGGGGGCUCCGGUACAGAGGUGUGGGGUAAUUGCAACGCCCCUAGGGCAGUGACGCUCUCGGCGCUAAUUUAUUGCCUCAGGUGCAUGGUUGGUCACGACGUCCCAUUAAAUCAGGGAUGUUUAGCUCCAGUCAAAGUCAACAUACCAAAAGGUUCUCUUCUAGAUCCUAGCGACAAUGCAGCUGUAGUGGGAGGUAACGUCCUAACGUCACAACGUAUAGUAGAUGUGGUUUUGGGGGCGUUCAGAGUGUGUGCAGCUUCACAGGGUUGCAUGAAUAACAUUACCUUCGGUAAUCAAUAUUGGGGAUGUUAUGAGACUGUUGCUGGAGGUAGUGGAGCGGGUCCCACCUGGCAUGGAUGCUCUGGAGUACAUACUCACAUGACGAACACACGUAUCACCGAUAUCGAAAUCAUCGAAAGACGUUACCCAGUUUACCUGAAAACUUUUACUCUCAGAUCAAACAGUGGUGGUAAUGGCACUUUUAAAGGCGGAGAUGGAGUUAUAAGAGAACUAAUGUUUAGAGCUCCUCUAACAUUAUCUGUUUUGACUGAGAGGAGGGUGUUGCAACCUUACGGAUUGAAUGGUGGCGAGGCCGGAGCCAGAGGACUCAAUCUUCUGAUUAGGGCAGACGGGAGAACCAUUAAUCUUGGACCGAAAACGGCCAUAGCCGUACAGCCAGGGGAUACGUUCCAACUCAACACACCUGGAGGUGGCGGUUACGGAUUGCCGGAUUUGUCGCGACUAACAGAUGAACCCUCGACUCAGGAUAAUAGGAAAAAAGUUUUUGUCGAAAGAGGAAGCGUUUUCGAAUAUAGAAUGGCACAAGAAGGAGCUUGAGAUAAGAUGCACUACUUCGGAAUUGAAAAAUAUUUCACGCCGAACCAGCAGCUUGAUACACACUUUAUUGAACGUAUAUUAUAUUUUAGUCGCAAAUAAAACCAAUAAAAAGU